CACCACCACUAUAGCACCUCGUGUCUCCAACUUCGUUCGACAUCCGGCACUUUUUGGACUUUUAACAUUUGCAUUUGUAGUAGUGGGAUCGUGGCUCUUACUGUGCUUCUUUCUGGUUGAACUGUACUUUGUUAUUACGCCCUACAGCUGGCGCACUUGCUUUCGCAUCUCCAUCUUCUUCGUCAAACGAACGCGCUUACUCCACGCGCGUCGCGCAAUCACGACUUACGACAUCACCUUUACGCGACACGAACCCAACACCUUACGCAAAACUUUGCGCAAACGGACAGGAACUGCCUGGGAGAGCUCAAUAUGGAGGUCGAACCGACGGACGACCUGUACUUCACCUUUGAAGGCCGUCUGGCCUCCUUUCAGAAGACCAAGAAGCGCGGCUCGACAGCCAAGGGCGCGCGGACGUUGAACUGGCCUCAUAAGAAGAUCGACCCAGAACAGCUCGCUCGCGCUGGAUUCUUCUUCCAACCAUGGCCUGAAAACCCCGACAAUGUCGCAUGCUACCUCUGCCACAAGUCCAUGGAUGGCUGGGAGGAGGGCGAUGAUCCUCUCAUUGAGCAUCUGAAGCACUCCACGUCGUGCGGCUGGGCGAUAUGCGCAGCGGUAGAAAGCGAGGUGGAGGGAUUCGCGCAAGUGCACCCUGCAGAGAAGGACAUGGUAGAGGCUCGAAAAGCGACAUUUGCUGGGCGGUGGCCACACGAUGGGAAGAGGGGUUGGAAGUGCAAGACGAAGCAGCUUGUUGAUGCUGGUUGGAAAUACACACCCACGCCUGAAGCGAAUGACAACACGACAUGCACGUACUGUGGUCUCGGGCUUGACGGCUGGGAACAGAACGACAAACCAUAUGACGAGCACUACAACCGAUCCCCACACUGCCCCUUCUUUGCCUUGUCGGCACUGCCCAAGCCAAAGGCCUCUCGUGCAAAGACUGCCCGAGGAUCCAAGGUGUCCCGGCUCUCGACGCAAUCCAUCGCGACCUUUACCUCUGAGGCGCCUUCACUGGCCGAAACGACAUUUGCCACGGCAGUUGGUAACGACACUGUGCUAUCGACGACGUCUACAAUGGCUACAAAGAAAGGCCGUGCGCCCAAGGCGGCGGCAACGGCCAAGGGGAAGAAGAGCAAAGCCAAGAAGGAACCUACGCCGGAACCAGAAGAACAGGUGCAAUUCGAAGAGGUGCAGCUCGAGGCGGAUCGAGAAGUAACGCCAGAAGCUCCACCCCCCAAAAAGGCCACUCGCGGGAAGAAGCGUGGCAGUGAAGCUGUGAACGAGUCGGUCUUGACUGUAGUCUCGGAAGCGCCCGCGCGGAAGAAGAGAGCUACCACGACGAGUGGGAGCGUGGCCGUCGACAGCUCUGUUGCUGAAGCGACGGACGACUCGCAGAUGACGGACGUACCGGCGCCAGCGCUCAAGAAAAAGUCUACGGCCAAGAAGGGACGCGCAUCUGCAGCGAAGUCACGGAAGGCUUCACAGUCGAAACCCCAGCCGGUAGCGGAGCCUCCUGCCCAAGAGGCUCCGGCGAUGUUUCCCGACGAUGACGAAAUUGAGAGGCAGCUUGAGGCCGACCUUGAGCGCCCUCUGACUGAUGAUGAUGAUAUUACCGCCGACUCGGAUUCGGAGAGGAGGAAGGCCAAGGCAAAGUCCAACAAGGCCAAGGCACCGGGGCAAGAAAAAUCUGCCGACUAUGCCAUGUUUGAUCCUUCACCACCAGAGGAGCUUCAAGAAGCAGAGGUCGACGCCGAGCUGGAAGCCCUGCGCAACGAGAUGGAAGUCGAACCGGUCGAGUCUAAUAUCCCGCCCCGUGCCGAGCCUGAUUUGGAUCGGGAACCGGAUGCGUCAGAGGAGCCGGAGCAGCUGACGGUUCCUAAGAAAGGUCGCAAGGCGGGCACCCGGAAGGCAUCAAAACAGACCAAAGCGAAAAAGGCAAAGAUUGCUGCAGUACCUGUUGCAGAAGAGCCCGAACCAGAACCCGAGCACGAACCUGAGCUUGAGCCUGAACUCGAACCACAAGAGGUCGAGGUUCCUGGCGGGAGAAACGAGAGUAUUGGCAGCACAGACACCGUGGUCAAGAACACAGAGGUGGAGAUUGAGGAAGAAUCUUAUGGGCGAUCAUCAUUCCACUCCAUCGCCUCUCGGAAAUCGGUCACAGCCGAAGAGGUUGUAGAAGAGCCUGUGGUCAAGAAGAAGCCUCGUGGUCGGCCCUCAAAGGCAUCGCUUGCAUCACAAAAAUCAGUGGAGUUUGUGGACGUGCCGAUCGGAGAUCCGGAGCCUGUUGCUGAACCCACUGCCAACAUCAAGAAGAAGCUCUCGAAGAAGGCUGCAACAGCCCCCGAGCCUGCUCAGGAAGCAACCAGUGAUGAGGCCGAAUCUCUUGACCCCCCUUCGGCGGCACCGCAGCCAGCCAAGCGCCCCCGUGGUCGACCCUCGAAAGCCUCCCUCGGAGCUCAAGCCCUCGUCGAGAGCAUUGAGCCGGCAGAUGAUUCGGUCGUGGUAGUCGAGCCAGUACAAAAGCCAGCCAAGAAGGGUCGUGGUCGACCAUCGAAAGCGUCGACCGAGGCCCGAGAGGAGCCAAUCGAGGCUGAUGCGCACAAGGUCGAGCAUGUUACGCCGGUGGAAGCCCCGGCGCCUGCGAAGCGCGGCCGAGGCCGUCCGUCCAAAGCAGUUCAGGAAGCAUCUGCCGUUGCCAGCUCACAGCUUCAGCCUCAGCCGGCGGAGCAAGCACCCAAACGCGGGCGUGGAAGACCACCCAAGAAGUCAUCCAUUGAAAGCAAGCCUGAGGAGGCGGAGGCUCAACUCCAACAGGAGGCCAUGGACGCUGAGACGAGGCAAGUUGAUCAGUCACGAGACGACGAUUUGGAGAUACUGGAGGACGAGCCGGACCUGCCGCCUACUCAGGAGGCAGUCGCUAUACCAUCAUCUCCGCCAGGCAGGCAGGCAGCCCAUCCACCGUCGACGCCAGGCCUCAGUGCUACGUCGGCGCGUCAGGCCGGCCUAUCUCCCUCCCAAUCACUACAGUCGUCUGAUGCAGAAAACCAGCCACCCAGCUCGAGACCUACGGGCAGCGUCACCACCCAGCGCGUUGCGCUGGCGCCCGUGGCAGCCACACCGACGCGUCUCUCCCCAUCCAAGCGAAACAUCUUGUCCAACCUGCAAAGCAAGACGCCCUGGAAGGCCGUCGAUCUCGAUGCUGUCCUCGAGUCGCCUCUCAAGGGCAGUGCUCGCCCAGACGAGAACACGGUCGAUCGCCUCCUGCGCAAAGGCGGCGAGUUGACGGCGAAGGAGAAGGGCAUGACGGUGGAGGAAUGGGUCCACUACAAUGCCAGCCUGGCGGAGGACAUGCUCAAGGGCCAGUGUGAGAAGAUGGUGAGCCGCUUUGAGAGCGAAGGUGGGCGCGCAAUGAACGUGCUCGAGAACAUUGAGGUGGAAUAGAGUUGGUAUAAUGACCGUUUGGGCUAAUGAGGCGUUACGGGUGUCUUUGUCAAUGAUACGAUG